UAACUUGACUUUCCGAAAAGAAACGGGGCUCCCAUCUCCAAAUGCAUGGCAAACUGAUAGUUUCGUCCAUGGACUCUGGGUUUAGGGUUUGUGUAUUUAGCAGAAACUGUCACCUUCUUGUCUCUUCCUUUUGACUCCGCACUCUCUUCCCUUCGCCGCAUCUUAUUGGAAGCCGACGGAGAUAUGGUCCACGUCAGUUUCUACCGGAACUAUGGGAAGACUUUCAAAAAGCCACGCCGUCCGUAUGAAAAGGAACGAUUGGAUCAUGAGCUGAAGCUUGUGGGAGAGUAUGGGCUCCGAUGUAAGAGAGAGCUGUGGAGGGUUCAAUAUGCUUUGAGCCGCAUCCGUAAUGCUGCCAGGGAACUUCUCACUCUGGAUGAGAAGAAUCCUCGUAGGAUAUUUGAGGGUGAGGCCCUUCUCUGUAGAAUGAACAGUUACGGGCUCUUGGAUGAGAGCCAGAACAAGCUUGAUUAUGUCCUGGCUCUGACUGUGGAGGACUUCCUUGAGCGCCGACUCCAAACCCUUGCAUUCAAGUCAGGUAUGGCCAAGUCGAUUCACCAUGCUCGUGUGCUUAUUAGGCAGAGGCAUAUCAGGGUUGGAAGGCAGGUAGUUAACAUACAUUCUUUCAUGGUGAGAAUUGAUUCUCAGAAACAUAUUGAUUUCUCUCUCACUAGUCCAUUUGGAGGUGGACGCCCGGGCAGAGUGAAGCGAAAGAACCAGAAGGCAGCUGCCAAGAAGGCUGCUGGUGGGGAUGGAGAUGAAGAGGAUGAAGAAUGACGCUUAGGCUAGCUCCAACCCUACGCCAGGAAGCAUUCGAGUCUUUUUCUUGCUUUGUGCCGGUAUUACAUUUGUUUCAUUUCUCCUUGGGUCUUUUUUUUUUUUUUUUGGGGGGGGGGGGAGGGAGGAACCGAAUCCUAAUGGAUUUUGGUACAUUUUUUUAUGCCUUUAGGAUCUGUUUGGAAUGGAAGAGGAAUGCCUUCUGUUGGAUCAACACGGUUUACGUUUUAACUUUAGUGAAUGAAAUUAUCAAGAAAUGACGACUAUAGAACGUUUUGUAA